AUUUAUUGAGACACACUACCUAUUCAAUGGUUGAGAUUAUCAAGUUUAUUUUUUAAGUUCACGUAACAUUACUUUUUUAUAUGCUAUGCAGUCAAUCGUUACCUCUUAGUAUUGUUCAUAUUCUAACUGUUUAUUUUCAAUUUUAUGUCUUCCUAUUUCUUCCAUUCUUUCCCUCUCAAAAUACAUCCUUGCAUAUCUUUACUUUGUUUUCCUUUUCAAAAUCCAUCUGUCGGGACGUUGAUGUUUUUUAUUUCAGUUCUUUACAUGGAGUGAUUUUCAAAACAAUCAGAACCCUUUUAUCAUUGUUUCGCAGAGGAGAUCAAGAUGUUUUUGGCGUCAUGGAUUACAUAUUAGUUGUUGAAGAUCUUUUGUUUGUGGCUUCCUACUGUCACAAGGCAAGCUUUACAUAAUCAAGCAAAGUAUCAUUGAGGUGUUUCUGUCGGUCCUUGGCUAGACUUUCCAAUGAACCUGGCCUUAGCGAUCUCCUAGCAUGCAACAAACUUGACUAUAGCUAUGGUAUAUUGACCAACCGCACAAGCAAACAAAGGUGGUAGCCUUUUGCUACUUGGGUUAUUA